UGCUUAUCUUUCUAACAAUCGUCUGCUCCACCUCUUAUUUGCCUCCGUUCCGAUGGCUUUAAUUUCCCGAUUCCGUCGCGUCUUGACCGGAACCUCUCCUCUGUGCUCUCAGUUCUCUUCGAUUCGUCUGAAUUCGACUCUCACUUCCCCCAAGCUUUUCAUUAGCGGUCUCUCGAGAGAAACAACAGAUGAACAAUUCCAAGAGGCAUUUAACCCAUUUGGCCAGAUUGUCGAAGCCAAAGUCAUAAGAGAUAGAGCCACCGGAAGGUCAAAAGGGUUCGGUUUUGUUACAUAUGUGUCCAUCGAAGAAGCUGAGAAGGCUCGAGAAGAAAUGAAUGCCAAGUUCUUGCAUGGAUGGGUUAUUUUCGUAGACCCUGCCAAACCAAGGGAAUACAAAGCUCCACCGAGAUCUGAAUCCGAGCAUUCUGAAAUUGGUUUCAGAACAAACAAAACUGUCGGAUGGUGUGGGUAUAAUUAG